CUCGAAGGUGCGGCGGCCGCGCCGGGGCGAGCGGGGCCGGGAGCGGGGCCGGGAGCGGGGCUGAGCCCUCGGUACGGCGGCAGCAGCGGCUGCGGGAGGCGGCCCCAGCGCUGCCAACAUGAAUCAUAAGAGUAAGAAGCGGAUCCGGGAGGCGAAGCGCAGCGCCCGGCCCGAGCUGAAGGACUCGCUGGACUGGACCCGCCACAAUUACUGCGAGACCUUCCCCCUCAGCCCCGCAGCCUGCAAGGAUAAUGUGGAGAGGGCAGAUGCACUCCAGCUGACAGUGGAGGAGUUUGUGGAGCGGUAUGAGAAGCCUUACAAGCCUGUAGUCCUGCUGAAUGCUCAGGUGGGCUGGUCUGCCCAGGAGAAGUGGACUCUGGAGCGGCUGAAACGCAAGUACAGGAACCAGAAGUUCAAAUGUGGGGAGGACAAUGACGGUUAUUCUGUGAAGAUGAAGAUGAAAUACUACAUUGAGUAUAUGGAAACCACGCGUGAUGACAGCCCACUCUACAUCUUUGACAGCAGUUAUGGAGAGCAUCCCAAGCGCAGGAAACUCCUGGAGGACUACAAAGUACCCAAAUUCUUCACCGAUGAUCUCUUUCAGUACGCAGGGGAGAAACGGAGGCCGCCUUACAGAUGGUUUGUGAUGGGCCCACCUCGUUCUGGAACAGGAAUUCACAUCGAUCCCUUGGGAACUAGUGCAUGGAAUGCCUUAGUCCAGGGACACAAACGUUGGUGCCUGUUCCCUACCAGCACCCCCAGAGAGCUGAUCAAAGUGACUCGAGAAGAGGGGGGGAACCAGCAGGAUGAGGCUAUCACUUGGUUCAAUGUCAUCUACCCCAGGACACAGCUCCCCACCUGGCCCCCUGAAUUCAAACCCCUGGAGAUCCUGCAGAAGCCAGGAGAGACAGUGUUUGUGCCAGGUGGCUGGUGGCAUGUAGUUCUCAAUCUUGACACAACCAUUGCCAUCACACAAAACUUUGCCAGCUGUACCAACUUCCCUGUGGUGUGGCACAAGACAGUGAGAGGGAGACCCAAACUGUCACGGAAAUGGUACAGGAUCCUAAAACAGGAGCAUCCUGACUUGGCAGCCUUGGCUGAUUCAGUUGACCUGCAGGAAUCUACUGGCAUUGCUUCUGAUAGUUCUAGUGAUUCUUCCAGUUCCUCAAGCUCCAGCUCCUCAGACUCUGAUUCAGAGUGUGACUCUGGCUCCGAGACAGAGGGGAUGAUGCACAGGCGGAAAAAGAGGAGAACCUGCAGCAUGAUGGGGAAUGGUGACACAACUUCCCAGGACGACUGCGUGAGCAAAGAGCGCAGCUCCUCCAGGAUUAGGGAAUCUUGUGGAGGCCGCAGCUACCCCUGAGAGAUGCCACCACCCACCUAGAGGCAGCUGCCCGUCGAUGCUCCGUUAGCAGCCAGCCAGCUCUGUUCUACCCCCUUCUGCUCCUGUUUCUCACAGUCCUUAAGUUCUUGUCACUCUUCCUCGAUCCAGACAUCGUCUUCAUUUUGUGCUGUCAAAGGUUGGCUCCUUAAUAACUUCUGCGGGGAAUGCCCUGACUCUAUGUUCUUGUGCAAUGCUUUGUCCCCUCUGCGCCCCAAGUGAGUGCACUAAAAACCCACCUUUGGGUAAGGACAUGCCAAGUAUUUAAUGGUUCACGUAACUGGCAAGGAAGGCAACGGUCAGUUUUUAAAGAACUCUUUUUAAAACCAGCGGGUAAGUGGAAAAACCUGCCUUGUUUUGACACUGUCAUAUGUUUACAUGUUGUCCUGGACACUUGAGGAAAGGAACACCAGCCCUUUUGGCCUGUCUGAACAUCCAGCGGAUCUCACACCACAAUGUCAGGAAAGGGAGGUGGGAUGAAUGCUCCAAACCCUGAAGUGACUUCAGUGGAGGUGACCACCAACCUGAAGCAUCUUUCAUGGUCGUAAUCUACAUCUAAGGUGCAACACCUUAACCAGCAACGGUCCAUUUACUUUUGCUCUGUGUCUGUUCUGAUGACUGGUGACAAAGAUGCACUAGCACCUUGCGGCAGGAAGCUCAAUGGAGCAGGAGAAUCCUGGAGUUUCUUGUACAGCAAAAACUGGGGGGAAAAGUCAGCAUUUGCCAGUAAUCACAAUCCUUUAGGUGCAGAUGUGAUGUUCGGCACCAGGCAACAACUGACAAAGUCUGACUGUAUGAUAACAGUUGCUGGGCUUUAAAUACCAAGCAGUGACAGGGCCAUGGGCUCACCCAGGCCUGUGCAGUUCACAUGCCUAAAUGGCUUUUCUUUGAGGUUAUGGCUUCAGACAUUUCCAGAACUUGUGGUGCCAAUUUGAAAAGACUGGGAGGGGGGCGUAUUGUUGUUUUAUGCUUUUUAAAAAUGCAGUGUGUUGCUUAAGUCUGUGUAGGUGCAUUUGUAUUAUUCCAGGUACAGCUCUCAUCCUCAAGGGGUCUGUUGGGAGCUGCUGGUUGUUUUUAGCAGGGGCUUGUGCUGGUAGUGUCAGUGAAGAGGUCUGUCUGCUGGAAGGUGAGCUGCAAGGAAAUCCUCCUCCUCCAUCUGAGCAGCACAGCCAGAAGGUGGCUGGGUUGGGGGGCUUCCUUGGAUAUUCUUCUGAGACCAGGAAGUGGGUAUUAGAUCUCUUCAGCUGAGGGGAAACUUGAAAGCAGGAGUAGUGUGUGUGUGUGUGUGUGUGUGUGUGUGUGUUGUAAACAUGCAGUGGUGCCCUGGCACUGGUAGCAGAGUGGCAGCCUUAACUGUGACUUGCUUACACAUGUUGGGGUUGAUGGAGCCCAGGACAUUGGUUGUCUGCUCUUCAUGAUCUGUUUUUUAACCUUGUCUCUUCCUGUUUAUACACUCUCCCCCUUCUUGGAGAGUUUGUCAGGAUCUGGUUCUGGAUUUUCUGUGCCAGUCAUUUUGUGUAGGAAAAAUGAGGUGGUGGGAAAAUGGAGAGAGGGAAGGACUUUGGUACACUCCUUAGCUGGACUGCCUGUGAUAGCCAGGCAUAGAUGAGCACACUUACUCUGUAGACUGCUGCAGGUUCUUCCCCAAGAUUACUUCAUUUUAAAACAGAAAACUUCCCAAACUCCUGAUGUUUCUGGCCAAGGUUGCCUUUAUCCCUGCCUGGAUGAACAUGCACAGCACAUGUCUCCUCAGACAGAGCAGGCUGAGGCUGCUGCCUUCUGCAAGAAGGUGGGGGCCUGGAGGGGCGAGGGCUCAGAAGUCUCAGCUCUAUCAGGGCCCUUGGAGAGCUUCCCACUGCCCUCUUCGUGGCUUGGAGGGUAGUGCCUCAGUGAGAGGGCUCAUGCUGUAGCUUGCAGUUGCCUUUGGUGUUCAGGGUUCAGUUUUACACUCUUCAAACCUUCCACACCCCUACCCCCAGAAGCACAGUGGGAAGAUCCAGAGUGCAAAGGAUUCUUCCAUGCCUAUGAACUCUUCCAUGGUAUGAAAUCCAGCAAUGCCAGAUUGAAGCCUGUGUUUGCCACCCCUCACAGGAAGCAGUGUGCUUGAAAUGGACUGCAGGCAUUGCAAUGCCAGCAACGCUCUACUGACUGCUCCACAAGGCACUUCCCAAUACAAAACAAAGGUGUAUCUGUUCAGGCUGCCUGGGAAUCGAGACUCCUGGGAUCUCUGGUUCUUCCACUUACAAGUUCUUGCCUCAGCUGUGAAUGGGUGAGCUUCUGACUUUGUUUAGUAGAGGAGGAAAAUACCUACCUCACAGGGGUGUUGUGAGGCUGAAAUGUAAUUACUGUGUAAGAUGCUUUGAAGUCCUCCUCCCACAAAAACUGUUGCAGGCAUCUGAAGCAACCCAAGACUUCCUAACCUGGUGUUACCUUCCUGUAGCAGAAAAUAUUGGGGAUGUUGUUGUUCAGCACUCCUGGCCACGUGGGGUUCUGUGCUGGCCCUUCCAGAAUUGCUGUGUGGUACAUAAAUUGUAGCAGAACAAGGGGUUUUGUUUUCACCAGUUUAACUGUUGGCAUUUUAGGGCCUGAUCCAAACAGGAUGUCCUGCUAGAUCAGGAGCCUUUGAAAAUAGUACUAACUUAAAUCUCCCAGCAGGGAGGCAGUUUCACUGGCCUUAGAGGAAGGAGGGAGCUGGUGCUUCCCAAGCCCUCCCUCUUUCCAGGCUGGGUGAAUGAGGAAUGAAGUUAACUGUGCUCCUUUGUGCCUACUGCUUUGCUUGUGAGAGGCUGACUGGGGAGAGCGGCUUUUGUGCUCUCGCCUUUCCAGGGUUGUGCUUCUUAGGGCAUCCGUGUCUCUUGAUCCCACCUCACUGCUUUUGUGACCUGGAGAACCCCUGGAUAUGGUCCAGUGCCCUCACUUCUUUGAGCCCAAGGCAGCAGCCGCUCUGCCUCAGCUCCUGAUGGCACUUGCUCCUGCUUGCUCUGCAGGGACAGGCUGAGUGUCCUACUGGGUUUGCACUGGGUGCUUCCCGAUUCUCCUGUGUGUAUGGAUGUUACUGUUCUGUCUGCUCUGGUGGAAGCUGAAGGAGUUUGUGAGCUCUGGCCCUCUGGUACCCAGUACAGGCUUGUCUGCUGUGACAGUUCAGGAGCAGAGCAGUAAAUACCCCCUUAGAACUGUCCAUAUAGACACCAGGCAUGGGGAUCUCGGCACCUGCUCUCUGCACAAGUGCAGUGGGAGCACAGGCACAGCUUCCUCCCUUCCCAGCUGGGCUGUGCUGGUUCCAGUUUGUCUUCUCAGUUACAUUAAGCAUCUCCAAAUGCUAGAAGAGACAGCAACCUCUUUCAUGAUUAACCCAGACCCUUUUCCUCCCUCAGUCCCCAGCCAUCAUGGGGCAGGAAGCAUGACUCUUGACUGAAUCAAAUCCGAAAUGCCUGUGAGCUAAUUGUACCCGGAGGUUUCUGCCAUCCUCCCUGUGAAGGAGGGAAAGGAAAGAGCUUAGGGAUUCAUUUGAGAGUCACACUGUCAGCUCCCAGCCCUGCUACUGCCCUUAGCUGCUUUUAUCACCCAUCCAGCAGAGCUGGGAAUACUCUUAAUUGUCUUGUUUGGAUGAUUGUGGGUUUGCUUUUUAUUUGAAAUAAAAUUGAUUAUUUUGCAUUA